AUGUAUAUAAUCGCACAUUUCUAUAAAGAAGAUUCUGUGGAAGUAGUACCAAGUACCUGGUAUAAAAACAAUGAAAGUGCCUGGCCUAAUAAAUUGUCAAAUGUAAAAAAAUUUGUUACUCGAAGAACUUAUCCCAAUAAAUUUGAUUUUAAUUGGUUUCCUGCACGACAACUUGGUCGUAAAUUUGCUUCAUAUGAAGAAGCAAAAAGUAAAUUAUCUACGGCUGAAUUUAAAUCUGAUUUAUCUACUGCAGAAGAUGAACGUUACACUCGUCAAUUUAGAGCAGCAAAUAAAAGAGUCAGUCGUAAUAGUAGUUCGCCUGAAAUCGUAAAAAAUUCGAGAAGUACAGGGAUGAAGAGCCCACCAUCUGUGUUUUGUAUGACUUUAUAUUAUAAACACGAUAGUUACCGCGCCUUCGAUAAUUCUGCGCUGCUGUAACGCUGAGUUAGCAACUUUAAAUUUCUCAUUUUUUUAAUUCAGCG